AAAAAUGGCAUCUCGAAGAAAAAUGGCAUCUCGAAUGGAUGAGAACCCUAGGAAAUUAUACUCUUUAAAGAAAAUUGAUCUCUUUCUCCUUCUCACUGCCGCUUCUUUCUCUCUAACUUAUCCUCUGCAACUGUUGAAGAUGGACAUUUAGUGUUCGAUGAAGAUGGAAAUUUAGAGCUGAUGUUGUUACAGUGAGUAUUAGUGGUAUGGUUCUUUUAUUGUUUCUGAAAGUUGCACCACAACAAUUUGUGUUUUCUGAAAUUUAGAGAUACGUUUCACGAAGAGCAAAAUGUAAAAUUGGAGACACAAAAAUGGCAGGAGACGUAAACAGUUUUGAAGACUUCAAUGGAGGUGGAGAUGGACCAAGUUGUUAGCUUCUGUUACUGCUGUUGUGGUGGUUUUGAAGAUGUUGUGGUGGUAAUGGGCCAAAUGCUUGUGGUGGUUUUAGAUGUUGUUGCUGCUGGUUUUGAAGAUGUUGAUGGAAGUGACAAUGGACCAAAUGGUUAUACUUUGGUUUCGAAGAUGGUCGUGGUUUUGAUGAUGUUGAUGGAGGUGGAAAUGAUAUUGCUAGUGGUGGUGGUGGUGGUUUUGAUGAUGCUGAUGGAGGUGGAAAUGAUAUUGCUAGUGGUGGUGGUGGUGGUGGUGGUUUUGAUGUUGAUGGAGGUGGAAAUGUUAUUGGUGCUAGUGUUGGUGGUUUUGAUGUUGGAGGUGGAAAUGUUGCUGCUUGUGGUUUUGAAGAGGCAAAAGACCCUGAACCAAACGAACUCUAUCCCGCUCUCGUUAUCGUCGUCGUCUUCCAAAUUAGGUUAGCUUGCUACUGAAGAGUCGAACUGUGCGAUCCACUGCAAAAUAGGUUAAAGAACGAUGGACCUGAAGGUGGGCAAUGAAGAUAAUAUUCUUUUUAUUAGUAUUCUAGUUCACGGGAUGUUGAGAAAGUUACAUGAUGUUAAGUUAAGCAAACAUCAAAAACAACAUGGGAAGAAAUUGGAGAGGAUGCUCUAUGUUGUCUUAGAUGUUGUGGAUAAUGAGACAUCUUUGGAGAAGAGGCUGAUGAAUUACCUGAGUUUGGAGAGGCGUAUUUAUGAUCACCUCGACGUGCCCGUGUAACAGGGUGGAAAGAGAAGCUGAAACCAGGGCAAUUAGGAUGUGGUUGAGAACCCUAAGGGUCACAUUGGACGAUAUCAAUGAUGCAUGUUAUAAUUCAGCACCAUCCAAGGAAGAAGGUAUAAACAAUCAUUCUUCAGAUUUUAUUGUUCAUAAUAUGAAUCCGAUGAUAGACAAAUUGGAUCAUCUUAUUGCUUGUAAGCCGGUACAUCCAGACACAAAAACAAUGAAAUUUUUUCAAAAGCUAAAAAAUGAUAAUUUUGUAGUUCAGAGGCUUAAUGAUGAGAAAUGUCUUAUAGAGUUAUUGUUAAAAGAACAAUCAAAAUCAUGUUUGGAAACACUUUGUGUUAUUCCAGUUCUGGGUGAUGCUGGUCUUGGUAAGACCACACUGGUCAAAUUUGUCAACAAUAAUGAUAGGGUGCAAGACCAUUUUGAUGUGAAAAUUUGGGUUUCAUUCUCUGAUUGCUACCCUGAUGGAGAGAAGUUUACUCAACAAUUGAUCGACUGUGCAAUUAUAAGUUUAAACGAGGAUGAGCGAAGGCAGUGGAAAGAGAAACUAAGGUCAAUGGUUAAAGGUAAAAUGAAAAAUCUGGAAUAUCUCCAGUUGAAGCUUAGUGUGUUGCUUCUAAUGAAGAAAUUUUUGCUCAUUCUAGAUGGUGUGUCUAAUGAGAUUUGCUGCGAGUGGCAUUUAUUAAGUACCCCUCUAACUAUGGGUGCAAAUGGUAGUAUGGUUUUGGUUACCACUCGAAGUACUGCUGUAUCUUCUGUGUUGGGGACAGUUCUUCCUUACUCUUUAGGACCUUUAAGUUACAAAAAUAGUUUGUCUUUAUUUAUACAUACAGCAUUUGGAAACAACCAAAGCGACACUCUUAACACUCCUUCAACAACAACAACAAUGUCUAACUGUUGUUUGGAGAUGGUGAAGUCAUUUCAAGGGCUUUUUAGUGUUGCAAGAGCAAUUGGACAUCGCUUAAGAUCAAACUUUGUUCACAAACUGAAGCAUGAUUUCAUCGAACAGGUAGACGGGUUUACUUCUCCUCUUCCUCCUUCAGAAUUGUCACGACUCUGUGAAGAACUUGUAAAGUUGUGUCGAGGGCUUCCUUCUAUUAUAGUGGCGUUUGGGAUUUUACUACGCUCUUCUUCGUCUAAUAGAAUGAAGUCAAAAUUCUUGGGCCGUUUUGAGUUUUACGAUAAAAAGAUUCAAAUUUCAUCAUCUCUGCUGUGGACAUAUCAUGGGUUUUCAUCCACACAUUUGAAACAAUGCUUUGUUUAUUGUGCAUUAUUCCCCAAAGGCUACAGAUUUGAGAAACACAAACUAGUGUUAUUGUGGAUGGCUGAAGGUUUCCUUCAACCUGAAUGUGGAAUGGGCAUGGAAGACUUGGGUUUUGCUUACUUCGACGAGCUUCUAGAGAAAUCCUUCUUGCACAUCGCGAAUGGGAGAUUCGUAUAUGAAGAUUUCCCAGUUUAUCAAAUGCCAGAUCAUGUUUAUGAUUUGGCAAAAUUUAUAUCUUCCCCUGGUGAUGGCUAUUUUAAGUGGCAUGACCUAGAAAAGAGGCUAUCAUCAUCUCACAAGACCUUCGAAUAUGCACACCAUUCAUCAUUGUGUUGUGCUACUGUUGAUGACCGGAGUUUUGAAGACCUUCACAAGUCCAAGGGUUUGCGCACACUUCUAAUCUGUAUGAGACAUGUUGAUCAGCACAUUAAUAGCAUUCCAUCGGAUAUAUCUCUAAACUUAUCACAGAUACGUGUUCUGGAUUUAGCUCGAGUUGGACUUUCGGAAUUUCCCAAUUCAAUCUGCCACUUGUCGCAGUUGAGGUUCCUCGAUCUCUCUUUCAAUUUUAUACAAUAUAUACCUGAGGGGAUAACUAUGCUUAAAAACCUCCAGACGUUAAGAAUUAAAAGUGAGGUUACAGAGUUGAAAUUCCCAAAAGACAUGGGGAGUCUAGUUAACCUGCGUAAUCUUGAUUUGGGGAUAGGUUAUACACCAUUUGUCAUGCCCCAAGGGAUUGCAAAAAUACCUAACCUUCAAGCACUUGGUGCGUUUGCUGUGGAUGAAAUGUACGGGAGGCUUGAAGUGUUGAGGGGAUUGGUUAAUCUUCGAGGAUCACUUGUUGUUCUGAAGCUUGAGAAUAUGUGGAAAUGCAAAGUAGAUAGUAUCAAAGACUGUUUGAUUGAUAAGAAAUGGAUUCACAAGCUAGAGCUUGUAUGGAAUUCCUGGCAAAGUGCUACAUUUGCAGCAGAUACACUUGCUAGGCUCGAACCUCACAAAAAUCUUAGAUAUUUAGUGGUCUACAGGUAUUCAGGGAUCAAAUUUCCAACUUGGGUAAGUGACCCAUCCUUCUCCAAUCUUGAGACUAUUCGGCUGGAUGCGUGCACAAACUGUGAGUUCCUUCCCCCUCUUGGACAACUUCCAUCACUGAAGUCUCUCCAUAUAGAUGGACCCAUGCAACAGUUACACCAAAUUGACAGUGAAUUUUGCGGCAAGGGCAUGGGUAAGAUGAAGAGCUUUCUUUCACUUAGGACCCUACAUCUUCAGUCAUUGUCGUACCUAGAGACAUGGUUUGGUCUUGAGAAAGGUGACAUGCCUCGUCUCCAGAAACUGAACAUUUGUAGCUGUGGUAAGCUGAUCUCACUUCCAACUCUCAGAUUCCUUGGCUCUCUUCAGGAAUUGCAUAUUCAAAGCUGCCGAAAGCUUCAAAAGUUGCCAGACAAAAGGUUACCCCGUUCAGUUAGUUCUCUAAUUAUUGUGGAUUGUCCCAUACUAUUAGAAUCGUGCAAGAAGAAGUGGGGCUGGUCAAAGAUUAUUAAAGAGGUGCCUUCUUCAGACAGACUCAGUUGAACUCUGGAAAAGUCGUUGCAGUAGGUCCGAGAGCUAUAAAGAUAAAGAGAGGAGUUUUAUACUUGGUGUAAAGGAACGUGAAACUGAGUUUUCAUGUGAAUCUGGAGGAAGAAUGCAAGUCAAGAUUAGUGAAAAAGAGUGAGUUACAGGAUGCUCAAUCUUGACAUUACAGCAUUAAAAAAAUUGAAAGUUUUUUUUUUUCCUUCCAGAAACCAUUUUUUUUUAAUAGCACCUGCUUUUAUAAGGUCAGAAUGGUUUUUAUCUCGUCUUGCUUCUUUCUUAACUAUUUAUAUGCUGAAAGCCUGAAAGGAUGUUGUCGCCUUUUAAUGGGAGUUGGAGUUGGAUGUUGUUCCUUGGUUUUUUGAGACUGUGGUCCAGGACAUUCAUUUGAUAGCUAGGAUUUUUCAUAGUGUUCUUUUUUGCCAUCAGUAUAGAGAAGCUAACGAUGUGGCGGACUAUCUCUCUAAGAAGGCUGCUAACUGCUAAGGAGAAGUGUUGUGAAGUGGUCUGGGUGUCCAUCUUUUUGAGUUUUUUGUUGUACAGUGAGUCAGUGUUUCUAUGGGGAGGGCUCUCCCCCGUUUUGUGAGGCCCAACUAGUUUUCUGUUAAUAACGUCUCGUUACCAAAAAAAAAAAAAAUUUGAUAUUCACAAACUGAUUUAUGGCCGGUAAAGAGUGGGAUAUUGAAUUUGUGAUACAUGGGUUUUUUCGAGUUAGUACA